AUGAGCUCCGAACCAGGAGGCAGCGGCUUUUCUGGCAGGAAACGCUUUGCCAGCGGAAGCUCAUGGGUUCACUUGCAAGUGCAGUUAAAAGCGGAUUGUAACAAGGGGUAUGUCACCAUCAAACAGAUGGGUGUUAACCCAACUACCGUUGAUUUAAUUGAUAUUGGCAAGGAUAAAGAGGUAAAAAUGAAGCCAGGCCAAGUUCUGCAUAUUGUGAACCAACUUUAUCCAUACAUGGUGAAAUUUUCUGAAGAAUCAGGGAAAACUGUGACAGAAGAGAGAACAGCAGCCGAGAAGAGGCCAAAUGAGAACAGCGAAAGUAGUGAUGAACAAAGUGUGCACAGAAAAAGUAUGAAGACAGAGAAAGUGGGUGCACAAGGCAGUUCUGCAGAUCAAAAACUGAGCAGUUCCAGUGCAUCUCCAAACAAGGGUGUUUCUAGCAAAACGGAACACUCGGGACACUGGAGUCAGGGCCUGAAGAGCUCCAUGAAAGAUCCAAAUAUGCAGGUUUACAAAGAUGACAAGACUGUGGUCAUCAAAGACAAGUAUCCCAAAGCGCGUUACCACUGGCUCGUCUUACCGUGGGACUCCAUUUCAAGCCUGCAGUCAGUCACAAAGGAGCAUCUUGAACUCCUGGAACAUAUGCAUGCAGUUGGGGAGAAAAUGAUUGAGCAGUGCCCUGAAAAGGAGACUCUGGAGUUCAGACUGGGCUACCAUGCCAUCCCCAGCAUGAGUCAGCUGCAUUUGCAUGUCAUCAGCCAGGAUUUUGAUUCCCCUGCUCUGAAAACGAAAAAGCACUGGAAUUCUUUUACUACAGAAUACUUCCUAAACUCCACAGAUGUGAUAGAGAUGGUAAGAAGCAAGGGAAGAGUAACGGUGAAGGAACGCACCGCUGAACUCCUCAAAUUGCCCCUCAGAUGUCACAUCUGCAAACAAAUGCUAUCCACCAUCCCACAGUUAAAGACUCAUCUCUCUAAGCAUUGGCCAAAAUGA